AUGACAGCUGUAACAAGUCUCGCGGAACUGACCUCCACAAACGACGCUAUCAGCCUAUCGAGGCGCCAUGUCAAAGGCUCCGGAACCGGCCCGUCGUGUUUUCACGGAGCAUGGCCGGGAAUAUGGCUUUAUGACUACAUUUUCCCAGUCGACCAGCUCGAGGAAGACAAACUCGACAUCUUCCAUCAUGCCUUCUUUGAGGCUUUGCACCUCAAGCUAUACACGGCCCCCGUUCCUUCCGCCGCCGAUCCGAUCCAAAGAGACAGGAUGACCCACAGUCGCCAGCAAGAAAGGCUCCUCGGCAAAUCUUGGACCUAG